UGUUUUGGAGUUGAUUCAGUGCGAGGAUCCACUCUGCCCGUCUGCAGGACGCUUUACACCGACUGCGUCAAGUUACUGCGUCAAGUUACUGCGUCAAGUUACUGCGCCGCCGGAGUGGAAACGUCCUGCGCCUUUUACGCACCCCGGUCCACAGAUACCCGCGUCCACAGAGUGUGUCUUCUGUGAGAUUCCGGCCACUUGUCUGCAUGCAGGGAAUGACGACUCAUUUUAAGACGAGCAAAGCUUUAAGGGUCAAGAAGGAGGUGGGUGAGAAUGCCCCGUCGGUCAGCGACGACGAGUUGGUGGCCAUGUCCGUGCGGGAGCUGAACCAGCACCUGCGUGGGCUGACCAAGGAUGAUGUCGCGAAGUUGAAGCAGCGGCGACGGACCCUGAAAAACCGGGGCUACGCCGCCAGCUGCCGCAUCAAACGUGUCACCCAGAAGGAGGAGCUGGAGAAACAAAAGAUAGAGCUGCAGCACGAGGUGGACAAGCUGGCCCGCGAGAACGCCAGCAUGAAGUUGGAGCUGGACGCCCUGAGAGCCAAGUAUGAGGCCCUGCAGUGCUUUGCCAGAACCGUGACCCGCGGGCCCCUCUCGCCGGGCAAAGUGGCCACCACCAGCGUCAUCACCAUCGUCAAGUCCUCCAACUACAACAACUCCAGCCAGACCCCAUUCUCAACUCUCUCCUAGUAGUGACAGGACUGGGCUCUCGUUUUCCUGCCUGGUCCUUCCUGGUCCUGACCCAGCCUGAACCCACUCAUCCUGUACUGAGAGGACGCUCAGUAGUUAGACUGAGGGAUGGGAUGGGGUGGCAAGCUCUAUGUGACGCUAUGCUGCAUUCACAACUCUGUCUCUCUCCUUCUGUUUUUCUUACAUAAUCUACAUUGUCUGUGCACUGUGCAAACUCCCCCAU